CGCAACAUCCUCUGAAGGCGGGCCCCGCAGGCCAUCAACACACGAUUUUCUCUCUGCCCACCAAACAAGUCAGUUUAAUUCCUUGCUCUCUCCUCUGCUCCCUCUAUUUCCGAUUUUCCGCCGAUUGAUCUUCCCAUUUUAUUCACUUCCCAAGACGAAAAGUCGGUUCUUUUUCACUAUCUUUGUCCCAAAAUUCUGCUUUUUUUUUUUUUUUUUUGCAUUCGGCUUUCUCAUCGAACGGAAGGUUGUGAUUAGCGUUCGUCGUCGUCCUUCUGCCCCAUGGAAUUCCUCUGUUUUCUUCGCGUCGUACUGGAGCUAAAUUCUGUUCAUCUUUUUCAGUUUUCUUAAACUUUUUGGGUUGGUUUGACGGGAGGAUAAGAGAGCAGAAAAACCAAAGAAAAAUAGGAUAAUCUGUCCAAGAGUCCUUUGUAAGUUUGUUUUCUUCGUGACUCCCCAGCACGACAGCUCUGUUUCUAUGUUUUCUUGAACUUACCGGACCGAUUUUCUCCAAAAAGGAAAAAGGAAAAAUGGAGAAACUCCACUCGCGUUUUGGGGUUUCUUUCGUAUAUCGCAUACUGUUGAUUCUUUCCAUGGUCUUGUCGGCUAGGCCCCAGGACGCCGCGGUUAUGGCCAUUCUCAAGAACUCGAUCAAAGGGUCGAGUUCGCUCCAGUGGUCCGACCCGGAUGUCUGCAAAUGGUCUCAUGUUCAAUGCAAUUCUGCGAAACGGGUCGCGGCAAUUCAGAUUGGGAACCUGAACCUACAAGGCUCACUGCCAAAGGAACUCUCUCGACUCACAGAAUUACAGCGCUUCGAGUGCCAAUCCAACAGUCUCUCAGGGGCAUUUCCGUCAUUAGCCAGUUCCCUCCAACACCUUUAUAUUUCAGACAAUGGCUUCACCUCUAUGCCUCCAGAUUUCUUCAAGGGCAUGUCUAUGUUAGAAGAAGUAAGAAUCGACCAUAACCCUUUUCCUCCGUGGCAAGUCCCCGACGUACUCAAGGACUGCGUAGCAUUGCAAACUUUCUCGGCGCAAAAUGUUUCUUUUGUUGGAGAAAUUCCUGAUAUUUUCGGCAAAGAUGGUCCAUUCCCAGGUUUGACUAAAUUGAUCCUGUGUUUCAAUCAACUUGAAGGUGGAUUGCCUUCGAGUUUCUCGGGUAGUUCGAUAGAGCUGCUAUGGGUCAAUGGACAAAAGAGCAGUUCUAAACUUAAUGGCACACUUGCGGUGUUCCAGAACCUGACUUCAUUGAAACAGAUUUGGAUUCAUGGUAAUUCCUUCACUGGUCCUAUACCUGACCUUUCGCACCAUGAUGAAUUGUGGGAUGUGAGUUUAAGGGAUAACCAGUUAACUGGUGUUGUUCCGUCGUCUCUUAUGACUCUUGCUAGUUUGCAAGUCGUGAAUUUGACUAAUAAUUAUCUUCAAGGACCGAUGCCUGCGUUUAAAUCAGGAGUACGUGCGGAUAUAGAGGGGAUAAAUCAGUUUUGCACGACCAAGCCUGGCCAGCCAUGCAGUUCUUUGGUGAACGCUUUAUUGUCGGUGGCUGAACCUUUGGGUUAUCCAUUGAAGUUUGCUCAAAAUUGGAAGGGCAAUGAUCCUUGUGCUGGUAACUGGAUAGGGAUUGUUUGCACAGGUGGAAAUAUUACGGUUGUGAAUUUUCAGAACAUGGGCCUUUCUGGGACUAUUUCUCCUAGUUUAUCCAGCCUCACAUCUGUAAAAAAGUUGCUCCUUGCUAACAAUAACCUCACUGGUACCAUACCUCGGGAGCUUACUAGCAUGCCUGUUUUGCAAGAAUUGGACGUUUCGAAUAAUCAUAUGUAUGGUAAAGUACCAACGUUUCGGCAAGACGUGACUCUUAAAACGGCUGGGAAUCCUGAUAUUGGAAAGGAUAGUCCUUCUCCUCCACCGGGAUCCCCUAACCCGGAUAAUACUGAAGGCAAUGGUAAGAAACAUAAUUCAGCAGUCAUUAUUGUCAUUGUUGUGGUGGGGGUUGUCGUUUUACUUGGCGUGCUGCUAUGGGGACUCGUUUGGUUCAAUAGAAAAAGAAAGCAUUCAAAAAAAAUUCAGAGUCCAAAUGCCGUAGUGAUACAUCCUCAGCAUUCUGGAGACAGAAAUCACUUGAAGAUCAGUGUUGUAAAUGCUGGUACUGGUGCUAAUGGAGGAGGAACCAAUGGACGGAUUACCAGUACUUGUAAUGCAGCUGGUGGUGUUGAUGUGGUGGAAGCUGGUGGUAUGGUAAUUUCAAUUCAAGUUUUAAGAGAAGCUACCAACAAUUUCAGUAAAGAGAACAUACUGGGGAAGGGAGGUUUUGGCACCGUGUACAAAGGUGAAUUGCAUGAUGGGACAAAGAUUGCAGUGAAGAGAAUGGAAUCUGGAGUGGAGGGUGUGAAGGGGCUGAGCGAAUUCAAGGCUGAGAUCACUGUACUCACUAAGGUUCGUCACAAGCAUUUGGUUGCUCUCAUGGGGUAUUGCUUAGAUGGAAAUGAGAGGCUUCUGGUGUAUGAGUACAUGCCUCAGGGGACUCUAAGCAGGCAUUUGUUCAACUGGAGAGAUGAAGGAUUAAAGCCACUGGAGUGGACUAGAAGACUUAUCAUUGCAUUGGAUGUUGCCAGAGGAGUUGAAUACCUUCAUGGCUUGGCCCAACAGAUUUUCAUUCAUAGGGAUCUCAAACCGUCAAACAUCUUGCUUGGUGACGAUAUGCGAGCUAAAGUGUCUGACUUUGGGUUGGUUCGUCUUGCUCCAGAAGGAAAGGUCUCAUUUGAAACUCGACUUGCUGGAACUUUUGGAUAUUUGGCACCAGAAUAUGCAGUAACUGGACGAGUAACAACAAAGGUUGAUGUCUAUAGUUUUGGAGUGAUUCUUAUGGAGAUGAUCACUGGGAGGAAAGCGCUUGAUGACAGUCAAACCGAAGAGAAUGUCCACCUUGUGGCAUGGUUUCGGAAAAUGGUGCUGAACAAGGACACAUUCCGAAAAGCAAUUGAUCCAGAAAUAGAAGUCAGUGAAGAAACUGUAUCCAGUAUUAACACUGUUGCAGAGUUGGCUGGCCACUGCUGCGCAAGGGAGCCCAGCCAGAGGCCGGACAUGGGCCAUGCCGUGAACGUGCUCGCGCCUCUUGUGGAGGUCUGGAAGCCUGCAGAAACAAGUUAUGAUGACAUUUGUGGGAUUGACCUUGACAUGGACCUGCCUCGGGCUCUUAAAAAAUGGCAAGCUUUUGAAGGAGUGAGCUCCAUCGCCAUGGGCAUGGUUGCUACUUCAUCUUUGGUUUCCAGUGCAGAUAGUACACAGUCUAGCAUACCCCCGAGGCCAUUUGGACUUGGAGCUUCUUUUACUUCUUCAGAUGGAAGAUGAGUUUGGAUACAAUUACACACACCCUCUUCUUCAACCCAAAACUAGCUUCAAGUCUGAUGCUGUUAGGUUGUGAGGAGCCAAAAUGUAUUACUUCCUGCUAUUUCAGAGGUUUUGGCAUGCAAGAAAUUAGAGAUGAUGUAAAAAUGUUAUCUAAAAAUGUUAUCUUAUAGUUGUUUC